AUGGCACGAACCAGGGGCGCUAAAACUUCCUCUCCGUCCGCAAGAAAGCCCGUGCCGCGCAAGGCGCCUGUGCAAGCUUCAACCUCUGAGCCGCCGAGGCCAGAAGUUGCUCUGCCUCCUCCGAAGCCCGCUCCAAAGAAGCGCUCAGCCAAGCCCGUAGUUCAGACGCCUCCGGCGAGGCGCUAUCUUACCAGGUCAGGGGGUCGGCCCUUGCAAAAGCGAGCUAGAGUGGAAUGCUCGGAACCCAUUGACUUGACAGGUCAAUCCCUUGUUCCAUCUCCAGAGCCCACUCCUGUACCAUCUCCGGCACCGCCGGCGAAGCCUCAAGCAAGCCAGCAGCCGCCUUCUGAGCCACAAAUUCCAUCCGAGCCAGCUCUAGAAGCGAUAAUCAGGCGUCCAAUGCUCACUCAGCCUCCAAUUCAAGGCAAUUUGGACUGCUGA